AUGAAAGCUGCAUGGAAGCUUUCCGCUAAACUGGGCAUCGCCCUCGAAGCCAAAGCCUCACGUUCAAUGAGACAGCGAUAAAGCCGGAUCGCCAUCACGAUUUGGAGCGGCCACUUGCUCAUUUAACCGCCAGUGUGGGGUGGAUGCACGAUCCCAACGGAUUGUUCUACGAUAACGAAACAUCAACCUACCAUACGUAUUUCCGAUACCAGCCCAACGACACUGUGGCAGGUCUACCGUUGUUUUGAGGACACGCCUCGUCUGACAAUUUGAUAACUUGGCAGCACUACGAUAUUGCACUCGAGCCACGGGAUGACUAUUCCGGUGCGUUUUCGGGAUCCAUGGUGGUGGACCACAAUAACACCUCGGGUUUUUUCAACGACUCGACUCUACCGGGCCAAAGAGUGGUCGCUUUUUACACUGAACACAGCAAUGUGAGCGAAAGCCAAUUUGCAGCAUACUCCCUCGACGGCGGGUAUAGCUUCAAAUACUACGAGCAUAACCCUGUGCUUGACAUCAACUCCACCGAGUUCAGAGACCCCAAGGUCUUCUGGCACGACGAGACCGAGCGCUGUAUUAGGAUCCUGGUGUUGUCGCAGGAACAUAAGAUCCAGAUCUACUGUUCCGAAAAUCUGACUUCGUGGGAAUUCCAAUCCAACUUCUUCUACCACGGUGUUCCUGGCUUCCAAUAUGAAUGCCCAGGUCUUGCGAAGAUACCGGUCAUUCACGAAAGCCCAUCCAACGUUACUCUGCACGGCAUGAACUCCACCACUAACGCCACUGCCCAUAACAAUGCCAGCUCAGUGGACAACAAAUGGGUCAUGUUCCUAAGUAUAAAUCCCGGCGCUCUUACGGGCGGUUCAUUCAAUGAAUAUUUCAUUGGUGAUUUCGACGGUAAAACUUUCACUGCUCAGGACGCAGCGACUCGUGUCUUGGACCAUGGGAAGGAAUUUUAUGCAUUCCAGACCUGUUCUGACACUCCCAACGACGACUUGUUAGGCAUUGCUUGGGCUUCCAACUGGGACUAUGGCUUUUAUGUGCCAGCUGAUGACUACAGAGGAUCAAUUUCCCUGGUCCUUAACCUCACAUUGCGGCCUUAUAAUCCUAAUUCAGAGACUACUGAGUUCACGUUGUGCAGCGAGCCUCUCGUCAAUUAUUCACAGCUGCACACCAACCAGUCAAUGCAUAAAACCUCUUAGAAGCUGAACUCUGAAGAGUCCAAGAUUAACCAUUUGAAUAAGUACUCCGAGGGUCUACUCGAGUUUUCUGUUGAGUGGAAGGUGAACGCAAGCGCCAUCACCUCGAACCACGAAUUCGCUGAUAUGUCUCUGUACUUCAGGGGUGUUGAAGAUGAUGACGAGUUUCUGAGAUUGGGUUACGCACAAAAUGCGGCUGCCUUUUUCCUCGACAGAGGAAACACUGAAGUUGAUUUCGUUAACGAAAAUCCUUUAUUUAACAACAGAGUUUCCCAAAACAUCGAAACAUUUAGAUUUGCUGAAGACGGCCUUCCUAUCUUCAAGGUUCGGGGUUUCAUUGACAGAAAUAUCAUUGAGUUGUUUUUCAACGAUGGCUCUUCCACUUCAACAAAUCUCUUCUUCCUAACAGAGGGCAAUUACCUAAGCUCUGUGGAAAUCUCAAGCGGGGUUGACGACGUCUUCACUGUUCUAGACUUUGAAGUGAAACAACUGAGUCUCAAAGAAUGA